AAGUGUGCAAAGGCAACUGCAAAUUUUCUCUACCAGGUGCCUAAGAAAAAUCUCUUGAUUUUGACAUUAUUUUCACCAGCGUAGCCGUAGCAUUCCGGUAGCGUCACGAGGCGUGACAGCGCUUGACAGAGAGGGGCCGACUAUCCGCCGUGACAGGACCUCUCCCUCCAAUAUCGCCUUGCCCCACGUGGGUCUGGCUUGCGGCGCGAAAACCAGGCUAAGCCCCCCGACCGAACGGACCUCGGAAACAUUAUCCGAUCCCAUUGCAGUGUCUCCGCGUAUCGCCGGAUUCUCGACUCUGGUGAGAGAGACGGAGGUGGGGACUUGGCCACGACAGACACGAGCAUGCGAACGCAGCGCGGGGCGCUCGUGAGUGAGUGAUAACCCGGGGCCUCCCUCACUCCGAGCUCUUAGUCCUCGAGUCCGUUACCCGACACCGUCGUAGCGGUAUGGCGAUUUCAGUAAUCUGGAUCAGAAGGGACCACCACUGGUUCGUUCGCGAUCGUUCUUAGGAAGUUUUCGUUGUUUUAUGACUCCGGGGGAAGUAAUAUCCGCAUUGUAGUGCGAAAAUGUUUUUAUCAGGCUAUGUUAAAAAUGCAAAAUGGGCAAAAUAGAAGACGUUACGAUAUGUUUCGACAGUUCCGAUCUGGGAUCUGGGCAGCAAGCAAGGGCGGCAACGUCGACGAGAUACAUACUUCAUGCCAAAAGCACAAAAAUGUAACUAGAUUAACAUCAUAAUUUCACACAUGUUUAUUUGAAGGACUACGACUCCAUGAUUGAGUUGUCAUCGAACCCGAUCCACUUAAUCGCUGCCGGUCGGCAAGUCUCACGCUCGCGCAUCGCGAACAACGUGACUGGUUGUUGGUGGGUCCCGUUCUCCUCCCCUGCCCCACCCCCCUGGCGGCUCGACGCGUGCGUGACAUAUCCCCGGCGCCUGGACCCAGUCCCGGACCGUGGUGUCUGGAGGUGUCCGCGCCCAGGCCAGUCGAAUGCUGAGCGAAGUGGAGUAAGGUCGCAGGCCUCCUCGCACCCGCCGCGCGCCGUGUGGCCUUUGAGUUCCGUAUCCGCAUUCGGCCACAGUUCAGCCCCCAGCGAAGAUGGUGCAGAUAGUGUGGCUGGUCGCGUGCGUCGUGAUCCUCGCGGGGAAGGCCAGCGCGGCCGCGGAGAUGGCCACCGGCACGGCCUCGACGACUGGGAUGCCGCCGCCCCUCAACGCCACCCGCACGCGGCAGGCCAAGGACCCCGCCGCCGAGUCCACGGGGCGUUCGAGUGGGGAGCCGGCCAAGCCCAAGCUCAUGGUGGUGUUCGCCAGCAGGGCGAUUGACGAGAGCAGGACGGAGCCACCCCGGACCAUGUUGUUGUUCGACGACAUGCAGGUGGACCGCAAGUCGGACGUGCCCGAAGAGCCGAGCUCGGAGCUGCUGCCUCCGCACGAGGACGACAUCAGGGGUGACGACCGGCAGGCUGGGAGCUAUGGAGCUGGAUACAACUACCCGAAACCCCAGCAAGACGACCCGAAACUAUCCGCAGGAUACCACUACCCCAAACCACAACAGGACGAUUCGAAACCUUCGGCAGGAUACAAGUACCCAAAACCUCAACAAGACGCCCCAAAACCCGCAUCAGGAUAUCAUUACCCGAAACCUCAACAGGACGACCUGAAACCCUCGACUGGAUACGACUACCCUAAACCACAGCAAGAUGACUCGAAACCAUCCACAGGAUACCAGUACCCGAAACCGCAACAGGGCGGCGUGAAACCCUCAUCAGGAUACCAUUACCCUAAACCUCAACAAGACGACCUAAAACCCUCGACUGGAUACGACUAUCCCAAACCACAGCAAGACGAACUGAAGCCCUCCGCAGGGUACCACUACUCUAAACCUCUACAGGACGACUCGAAAUGGGCAGGUUAUGACUACCCUCUCCCCCAACAGGAUUCCCAGAGACCAGCUCAGGAGGAUAACUCGCCUCCUCAAUUGCCCUCGUCGGGAUAUUUGCACCCGAUGGUCCAGGCCACUAGUACAUGGCGGCCGCUCACCCAGAUCCCCGACCAGGACUACCUGCCGCCCAAGGGGCAGCUCCCCCUGGAGGAGCCUGCGCGCCCUACCUACGGGGCGCCUGCGCCUGUUUGGAGUGGCGGCACACCAACAACAAAUUUUGACGAAGUUACGCCAAGCACAAUGACUUCUUUUCGGCCAGAAUAUCUUGAGGUAAACCCCACCCAGCCGCCAACCAUGCAGGACGAGCUGCCUUUCAGCCAUGCGCAGAUAACGUGGCCCCCUACCGAUGGUUACCUGCCACCGAAACCUCAAUUUGACGGUAACGAGCCAGUGAAAAAACCGCUGCUCGACGAAUCUCCAUACUUCAGCUACCUUCCAGCUCAAGAACCUGUGCGCGCCUACCUACCUUCAAAACAACCCCUUCGUGACGAUUUGACAGCGAGCAACUACCUACCUCCAAAACAGACCAUCCGCGAUGACGCCCCAACAAACAACUACCUACCCCCAAAACAGCCCCUCCGUGACGACGCUCCUAUAAACAGCUACAUACCUCCUAAACAGCCUCUCCGUGAUGACGCCCCAACAAGUAACUACCUACCCCCAAAACAGCCCAUCCGAGACGACGCACCAACCAACACCUACAUCCCACCUAAACAGCCUCUACGCGAUGACACCCCAACAAAUAACUACCUACCCCCAAAACAGCCCCUCCGUGACGACGCUCCUAUAAACAGCUACAUACCUCCUAAACAGCCUCUUCGCGAUGAAGCCCCAACAAGUGACUACCUACCCCCAAAACAGCCCCUCCGUGACAAUGUCCCAACAAAUGCCUACUUGCCCCCUGAACAGCCCCUUCGCGACCAUUAUCCAUUGGACAUCUACGACCCACCACGGGACACUGGACAAUCAUUUGACAAAGAAGAGGAUCUCUUCAAGUCCAUUCAGGCUCAGCCUCGCCACCUCAGCGCCGCGCUAAGAGCGGGAUCAGUCGAUGAACAUGGCAUUCGCGUCACUGAUAUGAGCUGUCUCCGCACGGCCCACCGUGCCCGCUUCACCGCGACCAUCACAUCCCCGCGGUUUGUGGCCUGGCCGCCCGUGCUGGAGGCGGUCCCGGGGGGCGGCGCCGCGCCAACGGACUGCAGGAUCAUCGCGGACCCUGCUGACCCCCACCACCGCUUCCUCGUGGACCUUAGCAACCCGGACCUGACUCGGUGCGGGGUGAAGGGGUGCUCGGGUGAGGGCGAGCCACGCCUGUGCAGCAGGGUGCUGAUGCCCAGCCUGCCCGGUCUGCGCCUCGCCUCCGACCCGGUGCUCCUGCUGCAGUGCUCGCUCCAGCCCGCCUCCGUCUCCCUCCUGCAGCAGGCCAGGAUCGUGGCGGCCCAGCCCGCGUCCGGCCGCUCCGCCGGGGUGGUGCACGCGGGCGGGGAGCGCGCGCCCCUCCACGCGCACCUGCAGCUGCACCGCCGCGGUGCCUCCGGGGAGUUCUCUCGGCCGAUGCAGCCGGGCGGAGCAGUGCACCUCGGCGACGAGCUGCAACUGCGAGCCACCGUCAGACGCGGCGACGGCUGGCAGUCCUCCCGUUUGUCUGACGUGGUGGUCCGCCGCGGAUCGGACGCCGUGCACCUCGUGGGCGCGGACGGCUGCUCCAACCAGGAGAUGCGCGCCGUGUGCCCGCGCGACCAGGGCUGGCUGGUGGGGGAGCCGCUCGUGUCGCUGCUCACCAUGAGGGUCUUCAUGUUCAGGGGCAUGCAGGACGGCGACCAGCUCGUCCUCACGGCCAGGGUGGUGGCGUGCCUCGACCGAGCUGACUGCAAGCUGAGCGCGGAGACUUGUGAGGCCAGGACGCGGCAUGCUCGAGCGAGGCGGAGCAGUGGUGGUCUAAACGCGACCGCCGUCUCGUUUGAGGAAAGCGUGUCAUUCGUUGUUCGCCGUGGGUCACCGGGUCAUUCAAGCGAUGUCACUGAGGAGAGGGAGUCUACCGCGCCUGCGCCACAAAAGCAAAAUCUGUUCACCACUGCAUCAAUGAUAUUGGCGACGAUUCUUCCCUCAACAGCCAUCCUCCUGUACUGGUGCAAACGAAGUAUAAGAUAAAACGGUUCAUAAA